AUGUCAUAUAGCCACGAGAAACUAGCAAUAUCAAAACAAGAACUUCAAGCUCUUCAUGGGCAUCUACAAGAUGUAGUGUUACAACAUCUUGAUAUACAUCUACCUCAAACAGUUAAGCAUGAUCCACUUCGAAAUCAAGUGGGUAAAACCGCCACGGAUAUUAUAGAGAGCGCAUUUGUCAUGGCCAAAGACCUGAUGGUAGUUGAUGGAGUUGAUGGGGAAAGAUACAAAGAUGUUGGAGAAAUAUUAGCAUGGGAGCCCAAAGAAGUAGUGGAAGACCUUGAUACCACUAUAAAUAACGAACUUAGAGAAGUUUUGGUGGAAUACGAAAAAGAAGUAGGCAGUUUGACUCAAUUAAGAAGAACUCUACCGCAACAAUUGGGUCAAUAUUAUGAUACUUUGGUUGCAGAUACUGAUGAACAUAUAACUGAUGUCUUGACAGAAAUUGACCACAAUAUUUCAGAUGAAGAAAAUGAUCAACAAUUAGAAUCCUUGGAAAUUGAUAAUGAUUCUUUGAAGAGAUACAUUGAUCAUUUCUCAGAACUUCAAGAAAUAAAGAAAUCUCUUCCACAACGUAAAGCUGAUCUUGAAAAGCUUCAAGACACUGUUAAGUUUUUGCAAUAUCAAAUAAAAUCAAAUAGAAAUCAAUAA